UUGUCAGUACAACUAGCGCAUGUCCCAUCCCUAUUUCCUCUUUGCGUUCUUUUCCAACCCUGCCCUGGCUGCAAACAGACCUCGGCCUAUUCUUUUUUUUUCGGCGCUGCCUGCAAACAGACCAACAGCAUGAAGCUCAACGUUUCCUAUCCCGCUACGGGAUGCCAAAAGCUUUUCGAAGUUGUCGACGAACACAAGCUGCGUGUAUUCUAUGAGAAGCGUAUGGGCCAGGCUGUGGAAGCCGAUAUUCUCGGUGAUGAGUGGAAGGGUUACCAGCUCCGUAUUGCCGGAGGCAACGACAAGCAGGGCUUCCCCAUGAAGCAGGGUGUCCUGACCCAUGGUCGUGUGCGUCUACUGCUGAAGAAGGGCCACUCUUGCUACCGCCCACGCCGCACUGGCGAGCGCAAGCGAAAGUCUGUGCGCGGUUGCAUUGUGGACGCCAACAUGUCUGUCCUGGCUCUGGUCGUCAUUAAGAAAGGCGAGCAGGAUAUUGCUGGUUUGACCGACACUACCAUCCCCCGUCGUCUGGGUCCCAAGCGUGCCAGCAAGAUCCGCAAGUUGUACAACUUGACCAAGGAGGAUGAUGUGCGCCGUUACGUUGUGCGCCGUCCUCUGCCCGCCAAGGACAACAAGAAAGCUACUUCCAAGGCCCCCAAGAUCCAGCGUCUGAUCACCCCUGUCGUGCUGCAGAGGAAACACCGUCGUAUCGCGCUGAAGAAGAAGCGUCAGACUGCCUCCAAGGAGGCUGCCGCCGACUACGCCAAACUGUUGGUGCAGCGCAAGAAGGAGUCUAAGGCUAAGCGCGAGGAGGCCAAGCGUCGUCGCUCUGCCUCUAUCCGGGAGUCGAAGAGUUCUAUCUCAAGUGACAAGAAGUAAAUGCAGCAAACGACCCCAUCUGUGUAUAAGCACGAGUAGAUGAUGUUCUACAAAAACAGAAAUCAGAAAUAAAAUUGUACCCAUUUA